AUGUCGGCUAUCUCAUCCUUUGUGCUUGAGUGUGCUCACGCCGGGCGGUGGGUGCGGGGGCUGAUGGCCCUGCAGGAACAACACCUGUCUACUACGCCGUCCAUACGUGUUGCAUGCAUUGCGCUCGCCCAGGCUGCGGCGCCGCACUCGUGGGCAACAGCGCUUUGUUUACUCCACCCAUCAGACGCGCUUCGACACCCGCAGGGGGUGUGCAAGACGGUGGACACCAUCGCCCGCCAUUCGGAGCUGCCUAUUGAUGUUUUUGAGAGCUCGAUGGAGGCUUUCCUGCUGUCACUGCAGCAGCUCUCCCAGAGCAGGAGCCACCCAGCGUCAGGCUCGUCUAGGCAGUUGGCAUCAGCUGGACCGUGUGAGGGCUUGGAACUGGCGACGUCCAGCAUCCCGAUCCAGGGGCAAGUGUUUCUAAGUGCGACGCAGUGGUGUGGGUGGGAGACAGCGGCGCGAUUGCUCGCCUGCCUGCCGUCACCUCUCCCUCGAGCAUGUGUGGAACGGGUGCAGGAGCUGCGCAUGCUCCGGCACUGCAUCUUACACGACGUCGGACCUUUCUGCUACUGGGGAAGCCGUGCCGCUGUGUCCUCUGUCAUCGACGGUGCCGGGGGGCCGCUGCCCGCCUUUCCUCAGGGGACGUCGUUGGCGGAGCAGCUGGAAAGGAUGCAGCCGUCUUCUGCGCGGCGCUACUCCGCACGCGAUCGGCGUGAACUCUCUUGGCUGCGUGACCAGAAGCGCCAGCGGCUCCUGCAGCGCACGAGGGGGGAGGAAGAGAUGCUAACGCGGCAGGCGGUAGAGAAUGUAGCUCCACCCGCGCUGAGCGUGUGCGCGGCGUUGCGCGCGGUGUCGAGACUACCCUCCGCUGCGUCUGUCACGGAACCCAAUGCACUCUGCCGCCAUGUGCUGGCACUGGUACAGUCGCGUCGGUUGACUCCAGAUAUCGCGUUGCUCUACGGCCGUGCCGCUGGCCUUUGCACCCCACACUCGUGGGAGGUCACCGUGGAUGGGCUAAAUCGCGCUGAGGUGCGCGAUGCGCGGCUACACCGUCAACUGACCAUGUGGGUGGUCAGCCGCGGCAGCUGGAAGGCUGCCCUGGAGCGACUUUCGCAGCUUCAUCGCGACACCGGCGGUGCUGUGCCGCAGAGAAGUGGCAAUAACACCAGCGCCUUACAUCGCGGAGACGACGCAGCGGCUUCCUUCGACUGCGUCCAGCGCACUGCCGUGCCGACGUCUUAUGUGCUCCGUGCUGUACCGCAAGUGUCGCGGCCGUGGUACCGCUUAGUCUCCUCCCGCUCCUCCACUGCCUCCUUGCUUCGCCAAAUCGCCGGCGCCCUUGCUGGCGGCGUGCGCCUGGACGAGGUACAGCUGAGUGAGGCGGGGAAGGAGUGGGCGGCACACGCCCAGUGGGAGGCAGCUCUGGCCUUGUACUACCGCUUUCCGCUACCAGAGUUUCAAAAGUAUGCCGCACGCAGCCUCGUGACUGCGCGGCCCGCACUGCCUCCCGUGCCGUCAGUCUCGCACCCUCCCGCGAGCUGUUUGCAGAUAGGGUCUGACCCCCUCCCUGGCAGCCCUUCCAAGGACAGCGCUGCGUUUUAUGCGCGCACAGUGUUCGAGCUCCUGGUGCCGCGGGAUGGUGUCCGCUACGACCGCGCGUCCCCUCCACGCCCUGCACCGCCGCUGGGCACCUUUCCGGCGUGCCUGGUGAUCGACGCGGCUGCGGACUGGUCAGAGGCUGUCGCUGUCUUUCGGGCGUGCGUACGCCGUGGCACUCGGUGCAACCCACAGCUUCUCAGCACACUGAUGCGCCGCCAGGACUUGCCUCCACAAGAGCUACGUCAGAUUCUGAAAAGCUACCCUGCCGCCGUAAACGACGGGGUGCGGCAGCGUGCCAAGGAGGGCUUUGGGGUUGAGUGA